AUGAAGUCAGGCGUUCGGUUCUGUGCCGCGGUGCUCGUUAGCCUCCCGCUCCUUGCCGGCUGUGGCCGCCAGGAGAGCAUCAAGAUCGACGGGUCGAGCACCGUCUACCCGAUCAGCGAGGCGGUCGCCGAGGAGUUCCGGGAGGAAAGGCCGGGCGUCCGCGUCACGGUCGGGCUCUCCGGCACGGGCGGCGGCUUCAAGAAGUUCACCGCCGGCGAGAUCGACAUCUGCGACGCGUCGCGCGGCAUCAAGCCCGAAGAGGUCGAGGCCCUCGCCGCCGCCAAGGUCCCUUACACCGAGCUCUCGGUCGCCUUUGACGGGAUCGCGAUCGUCGUGAACCCCGAGAACGAUUGGUGCGACACGCUCACGGUCGAGCAGUUGGCCUCAAUCUGGCGGCCGCUCGAUGACUCGCCCGUCAUGAAGUGGAACGAGCUCAAUCCCGAGUGGCCCGACGAGGAGAUCAAGCUCUACGGCCCCGGCACCGACUCGGGGACCUUCGAGUACUUCACGGAAGUAAUCGUCGGCGAGGCCAAGUCCUGCCGUAGCGACUUCGCGGCCAGCGAAGACGACAACGUCCUGGUGACCGGCGUCGCUGAGGACAAGUACUCGCUCGGCUACUUCGGCUUCGCCUACUACGCCGAGAACGAGGACAAGCUGAAGCUCAUCGGCGUCGCUCAGGGCGAAGCCGAACCGGUGCGUCCUUCGCUCGAGACGAUCCGCUCGAACGAUUACGCGCCGCUGUCGCGGCCACUAUACCUGUACGUCCGCAACGACCUGCUCACCAAGCCCGAGGGCCUGGAGUUCGUCGAGUUCUACCUCGACCAGGCCGGCAAGAUGGCGGAAGAAGUCGGAUACGUCCCCGUGUCGGACGAGGUCGCGGCCGAGAACCAGAAGCGUUUCGAAGCCGCCAAGCCGGCUAAGUAG